AUGGCAUCUGCUUUACAUUUGGUGUUCCUCCUGGGCUCCGUCAUCGGCCUCCUGACUGUAGAAGCUAAAUUCUGCAUUUCUAUUGGUGGGAAUCUGGCCUCGAUCCACAACGCAGAUGAAAACAUCUUCGUCAGUGAGCUCGUGCAGAGAGUGACCGGCAGUAGUCGUGACACCUGGAUUGGAGGCUACGAUGCAGUCACUGAGAACACGUGGCUGUGGAGCGACGGCUCAAGCCUAGAGUUUGUAAACUGGUAUUCCAACCAGCCAGACAAUGGUCACUAUUCAAGAAACCAGCACUGCAUGGAAAUCAACUAUGCAGGACAACACUGGAAUGACAUGCCAUGCAGCACAAGGAUGCCUUUCGUUUGUUCCAGGAACCUCUGAAGCGUCUGUGGACCACGAAUCACGUCAGGCUUCAUCUGUCAGAUCCACACAGAGCAGCUGCCUGCUCUAAAUUCGAUCAUUUUGUUGGAUUCCUCUUUUCCUUGAUUAAUUAAAGUAAAUAUCAACUUUUGCUGGCUGG